AAGCUGCAACCGCAACGGAUGGAGGCGAGAGCGGAUCUUUCCCCUGUCUAAUGAUCUCCAUCUCGGAUACGAGCACAUAAGCAUCUCCGCGGGACGAGAAAAGACACUUUUCGGUUAAAAACAACAACAACAAGACAACGAGCGUGUGAGGCGUUUGUUGAAAAGUGUGUGUGUGUGUGUGUGUUGGGUGGUAGAACAUUGCCAGCAGUGGAUGUGUUAGCGAGGACAUUUUGACACCAGCUGGCCAGGAUGGGCUGCACGCUGAGUACCGAGGACAAGGCGGCGGUGGAGCGGAGCAAGAUGAUAGACAGGAACCUGCGGGACGACGGAGAGAAGGCGGCCCGGGAGGUCAAGCUGCUGCUGCUGGGCGCUGGUGAGUCGGGAAAGAGCACCAUCGUCAAGCAGAUGAAGAUCAUCCACGAGGCAGGCUACUCUGAGGAGGAGUGCAAGCAGUACAAGGCGGUGGUGUACAGCAACACCAUCCAGUCCAUCAUCGCCAUCAUCAGAGCCAUGGGACGCCUCAAGAUUGACUUUGGAGACACCGCCCGAGCCGAUGACGCGCGGCAGCUGUUCGUGCUGGCGGGUUCAGCCGAGGAGGGCUUCAUGACCGCCGAGCUGGCGGGCGUCAUCAAGCGGCUGUGGAGGGACGGCGGUGUCCAGGCGUGCUUCAGCCGCUCCCGGGAGUACCAGCUCAACGACUCGGCCGCCUACUACCUGAACGACCUGGACCGGAUCUCGCAGGGAACCUACAUCCCCACACAGCAGGACGUGCUGAGGACCCGUGUCAAAACCACGGGCAUCGUGGAGACACACUUCACCUUCAAAGACCUGCACUUCAAGAUGUUUGACGUUGGCGGCCAGCGUUCCGAGCGUAAGAAGUGGAUCCACUGCUUUGAGGGCGUGACCGCCAUCAUCUUCUGCGUGGCCCUCAGCGACUACGAUCUGGUGCUGGCCGAGGACGAGGAGAUGAACCGAAUGCACGAGAGCAUGAAGCUCUUUGACAGCAUCUGCAACAACAAAUGGUUCACGGACACUUCCAUCAUCCUCUUCCUCAACAAGAAGGACCUGUUUGAGGAGAAGAUCAAGAAGAGUCCUCUCACCAUCUGCUACCCGGAGUACGCAGGCUCAAACACGUAUGAGGAGGCGGCCGCCUACAUCCAGUGCGAGUUUGAGGACCUGAACAAGCGCAAGGACACCAAGGAGAUUUACACUCACUUCACCUGCGCCACCGACACCAAGAACGUGCAGUUUGUCUUCGACGCCGUCACCGACGUCAUCAUCAAGAACAACCUGAAAGACUGCGGCCUCUUCUGAGGGCUGACGCGCACAACAACAUUUUUGGGAGCAGGGGUUUUGGGUAAGGAACGGCAGAAGAUCAGAGUUUUUGUGCCCCCACCCAUCAUUUGGAGCGCGGUGGUGGCCUGCGUGCUUGUUGUGUUGCCUGCUGACUCUUCUCUGAAUCUCCUUCGCACGUCUGCGUCCCCGCUCUCGGCACAGGAGGUCUGAGCGUGUAGCCUCCAUCGCCUCCAUUCUUGCCAUCGCCCGUGCAGCACAACAACAAGAUGAAUAUUGUUCCAUUUGGAUCAGGAAUUCCCCUUUUUAAUGGCUGUAAAAUAACAUCAACCUUGUAUCAGACCUUUCAACAUCACCGAGUGUUUGGGAAACACAAACAAAGUGGACGUGACUCGUAGAUGUCAAACACAAAUGAAGAUGGCGGACGUUUGUGCCACGGAAGCUCGGCACUACUUUCCCACGUGUGUACUGUUCUCCACGGAGAACCUUUGUAAACUCAUCUCCCUGAUUUUGAUAAUAAAAAACACACAAGUCA